AUGUCCAUGUCAUAUCAGAGCAGCUUGCCAGAUUCCUGGAUGACGGAUUUCUUGGAAAGCCUCGUGCCUACACACGACGAGUCCUCAACCAACCCUAUACCACGCGGUGGCCUUGCAGUGCCACCUCGGCUGCCUCCGCGAGGGGGCGAGCCUGGGUCGCAAUAUGAGACUGAUUUUCGCAUCCAGGUCCUGAAUGUUGUCGAGGAAAGAGGUGCCCGCCAGUUCAGAGAGCUGGUGCAGCAGCGGGCCGAGGACGACGCCGUGCUUGUGCGUCGUGGUCGAACUUGUCCCUACGAGGUCCGAGAACGUCGAGAGUGCGAAGAUGCUUCCUUUGCUCGUUUUCACCGUGACGUCGAGGCAGAGAGAACGAUCUUGCGAGACAAGCACAAUGCUCUCGAGCAACGGCGGCCGCGGAUGUUGUUCCCUCUCCCUGGGUACAGGUGGAAGCCGCACAGGGACCCAAAUUGUCGCACAGGGGAAGUUGGAGUUCUGAAAAGAUCUCCUUCCCAUGAGGAUGAUGCCUCUUCUUUGGCGGUCGAGCCAAUUCCGAGUCCUUCCCCUGGUGAGGAUGCCGCCCUUUCUUUGGCGGUCGAGUCAAUGCCGAGUCCUUCCCCUGAUGCUCCUGUCAUUCGCAAGCGAAGCCAAGAGCAGGACGAUGUUCCCGUCACACAGGUGAAACAUGAAGACAUGUCAGACGCUGAAGUGGAUCUGUCGGAUAUUCCUGAAGAAGCCAGUCAGGAGACGACGACUGCCAGGACAGCCACGGCUGCAGCAGAAAACAUCCUACAAACUCCAAGGACAGCCACGGCGGCGGCAGAAGACAUCCCACAAACUCCAAGCACAGCCACGGCGGCAGCAGAAGACAUCCCACAAACUCCAGGGCCUGGGCGUGCACGCACGCCGGCGGUUUCUCCUUGCCAAAUGGCACGAGAGGCUAGCAGGUCCUGUGCCCCGACUCCUUCAAGGACUCGGCGUGCACGCGCAGAUGCGCUUCCUCCCUUCUCAAUGACACUCCGGCCUAGGCGCCCUCGUACUUGGGCUCGUCGACGCAGCGGUACAGGAGAAGAGGACAAUCCCGGACAGCGUGGACCAACAGGUCCAAAGAUCUCAGAGCCAAGGUCCUCUCGCGCCAAAUAUGUGCGCGUUUCCGAAGGAAGGAUUUCGGUCAUGGUGCCUGCCUUGGACGUCAACAUUACCCAAAUCUAUCAUGAAUCUGGACAGAGAUUUUCCCGGCGUGCGAACCAGUGCAUCAUCAAGGCCACCAAGACAGGGUCCAAACACAACGGCUGUUACGUGUCGUUGGAACGAGCCAUCUUCUCCUGCCGCUAUCGAGGGCUGCAUCGAGUCGUCUCGGAGUUGGAGCAGCUGCGGUCUCUGUACUGUCCAGACAGCCCACUGACCAUCCCUACGGCAAUGCCUUCGAUGGACCCCACAGUCAGUGUCGAGGUAUCACGUUGA